AGGAGUCACUAGCAUCUGCGUCAUUUCUGCUUUGCUUUCCGGAAGUCCCGCCUCCUAGUAGGCGGGCCAAAUGAGGCAGCUUCCGAAUCAUACGAGUGCCCGCGCUGUUGCCAUAACUACGGAGCUCCCGUCGUGCCUGGCGGCAACAGGCUCAUGGCGCCGAAGGUGCGUCCUCCCUUGCUGCUUGUGCUCUGGAUGCUGUCGAGUCCGGCCCAGCUCGGCCCCACAAAUGAGAACGGCGGAGGGUGGCAACGGCGCGGAUCCGGGACAUCGGCAGCCGUGGCGGAAGAAGAGCAUUGCACAAUAGAUCGCCUGGCCGACCUCAGCUACACCGAGUUCAUUCAGCACUACGCCUUCUCUAGACCUGUCAUUCUGCUGGGGCUCACGGAUAACUCAAGGUUCCGGGCUCUGUGUUCCCGUGAAAGGCUAUUGGCCUCAUUUGGGAACAACGUCGUGCGCCUGAGCACUGCCAAUACCUACUCCUACCAGAAAGUGGACAUACUCUUCCAGGAUUAUGUGGAGCAGCUGCUGCACCCCCAGGAUCCCAACUCCCUGGGCAAUGACACCCUCUACUUCUUUGGGGACAACAAUUUCACUGAAUGGGCAUCACUCUUUCGGCACUACAUUCCACCCCCAUUCAGUCUCCUGGGUACCACUCCUGCAUAUAGCUUUGGCAUCGCAGGAACUGGCUCUGGGGUACCCUUCCACUGGCAUGGACCUGGCUUCUCAGAAGUGAUCUAUGGACGCAAGCGCUGGUUCCUGUAUCCCCCUGAGAAGACACCCGAGUUCCACCCCAACAAGACAACUCUGGCCUGGCUCCAGGAUACCUACCCCACCCUGACACCGUCUACACGGCCCUUGGAGUGCACUGUCCAGGCUGGUGAGGUUCUGUAUUUUCCUGACCGAUGGUGGCAUGCCACAUUCAACCUCGACACCAGUGUUUUCAUCUCUACUUUCCUCAGCUAGCCAGAGCGGGCAGCUGGCGAGCGCAGUCGCACACCAGCACACACCCCUAAACUGCUCACAGAUUUUAUUACUGGGACAGUGGUGGCAGCAGCAGCCUCAGCCCAAACCACCCUAGCCUGCUAUUUCCAGCCCAGAAAGAAGAUGGAGGGAGAGGGGGAUGGGAGCUCUCAUAGCCUACCAGCAGAACUGAUGGAAGACAGGAUGGGAACACCAGAGCAGGGAUCCAGGUACACAAACUGUGUACAGGGGCUGGGGGCUCCUGCCCCGAGGCUCCCCCCGACCAGGGUGCCGGGCAGUGUGGGAUGAUUGGCCCUCCCACUUGCCCUGCCUUAGUAGUCCUCCACCCAGCCAUUCUCAGAGAUGAACGCAUCGAUGACCUCUUUCAUGGCCAGGUUGGGGAUGAGCUGUUCCUGGGUCAGAGGGCUCCGGGUCACAGGGUCAAAGUGGCCCACACGCUGCAGUGACAACAGGGUCAGAAGGUACUUGGUGGGCCCGGGCCCUGCCCCCAGCGCCCAUGGGCCCUCACCUGCAGGUGCUCCUCAAUGUCCUUUCGGUCAUAGGUGAUGCCGCUAGGUGUGAUACAUGGCUCCCGCAUCAACUCAAAGCUGAUUUUGCCACACAGAUAGUCAGGGAUAUCUCGCUUCUGCAUCACAUGGGGGGAGGACAAGGAUCAAGAAGGGGACACCACUCCAGUUCCUACUGCUUGUAGGCCCCAGGCUCAGGGAACACACAACUCACCUUUCUCUUCUCAUCUACCUGGGAGAAGAGCUCAUCCAUGUCUGCUAAGUACUUGUCCUGCAAAGAACCAAGCAGCCAUGCAUGGGCCAGACAUCCCGUCUCCUUUCCCCAGUCACAGACCCAACAGAAGCCAGGGCCACCCCCAUGUCUCAUGCACACAAACACACAGACCCACACAUGGGCUGGGGCACCCUCACGUGCUUGGCCUCGAUGCAGGCCUGCUGGGCCCGGAUGUGGCCAUCAUCUUCAUCACCCUCGUGGUUCUGCUGACACUCUUCCAGUUCCCUGGAGGUUGACCAGGAGCUGUUCAGAGAUGUCUGGCCAGGAAAGGUCAGACUCCACCCCAACCUCAAGCUUAUUCAAGUUUUGUUCCCCUGCCUCUUGUUCACUGGGGUUGGCCUUCAAUAAACACUUGUGUUCAUGA